UGAUUUUGCAUUUCCAGGAUCUCCGAUGGGGAGGAUGGCUGCUUUGUUUACUAACAGUCCUUCUCCCUGUCGGCUCAGGCACAGCACAGCCCUCCAGAGCCGUGUGCUUACAGUGAAGCACCAACACCCCCCAGUAAAACACUCCCAGUACACAGUUAACCCUUUGAUUGACCCUCAUGUUAACCCCUUCCUGCCCAGUGCCUUUAGUAUAUUGUCAGUGCUUUUUUUUUUAGCACUGAUCACUGUAUUGGUGUCACUGGGGAUGUCAGUGACACCAAGUCAGUUCCCCCCAGUGUGAGAAUGUCUGCCGCAGUCCCGCUAUAA